AUGGCGGAAAGGCCAGAAGAUUUAAAUUUGCCGAAUGCCGUAAUUGCGAAAAUAAUUAAAGAAGCCCUGCCGGACAAUGUCAUCAUUUCAAAAGAUGCCAGGUUGGCCAUAUCCAAGGCUGCUAGUGUUUUUGUACUCUACUCAACUUCCUGUGCAAACAACUUUGCAAUGCAACAAAAGAGGAAGACGAUAAAUGCUCAGGACGUGUUUGACGCCAUGAAGGAGCUAGAUUUUGAAUCAUUCAUCGCACCCCUCAAAGCCAAUCUUGAAGUGUAUAAAAAUAACCAGAAAGAUAAAAAAGUGCAGUUAGAUAAGAAGAAAAAAGAUGUCACAACGACUUCACCGACAAGCAGCAGUUCCAAAGACAGUGAAUUUACAAUGCACCACGACGAAGUGAUGGUUGCUGAAGAGGAAGUAGAAGAUGAAGAAGAUUAUGGUGAACAGGAGAUAGUAGAAGACACUGAAUCUUAA